AUGUCUUCCAUAUCGACGCAGAAAGUCCAGUCCAAGGACGAGACGCUUGAGCUGGCUACUUUUCUGUCACAACUUACCUACCAAGAACUCCCUCGAGAAGUCAUUGACCAGGCCAAGUGGUGCAUUCUCAACAUCCUCGGUUGCGCUCUCGGCUCAUCAGAUGCUUCACCCCACCGAAAAGCCCGCGCAGCACUCGAUCCAAAGGAAACGACACCGGCGCAGGGAGCCACUGUUUGGGGCCGGCCAGAGCGUGCCGAUCUACAGACAGCCGCCAUCCUCAAUGGCAUCGCAGCCACGACGGCGGACUACGAUGACGCCCAUCUCCGUACCGUCAUUCACCCUUCGUGCACCUCCAUCGCAGCUGUGUUGCCCUGGGCGGAAAUACAUCACGUUUCAGGGAAGGAGGUCAUCCUAGCUUUCGUCGCGGCUGUCGAGGCGCAGUGCGCCAUCGGGAUGGCGGUGUCCCCUUCAAGCUACGCGAACGGCUGGCACAUUACAGGGUUAACCGGGUCAUUCAGUGGCGCGGCUGGCGCUGCGAAACUGUUGCAUCUCCCCCCUCAUCAAUUCGCAGCCGCUCUGGGCCACGCGUCCAGUAUGGCAUCAGGGACACGCGCCAUGUUCGGGACAGACACCAAGACACUGCACGCAGGUUUGCACGCAAGCAAUGGUAUCCUCGCUGCCCAGCUCGCCAAGACCGGAUUUGCCAGCUGCGAGGCGCCCAUCGAGGCCUGGGCGCGACUAGUCUCCACGACGAACGACAACAGUCAAAUCGGUGCGCUGGCAAGGGGCGGUCCCUGGCAAAUACUCGAAAACGGGUUCAAGCCUUAUCCAUGCGGCAUCGUGAUCCACCCGCUCAUCGAUGCCUGUCUCGAGUUGUUCUCCUCGUUCAACCAGGCCGCAAGCCUCGGAGGGCCCGCGGAGCUAGAAGACAUCGCCGGAAUCCAGGUCACGGCUAACCCUCAACUGAUCAGGCUGUGCAAUGUGCGGCAUCCGCGCACGGGACUCGAGACCAUCUUCUCUCUCUAUCACGGAUGCGCCGUCGCCUUGGUUCACGGUCGUGCCGGUCCUGCCGAGUUCUCGGAUGCCGUCGCCGCGGACGAUCUCGUCGUGCGCAGAGUAAGAGAUCUGAUUGAGGUCCAGACCGACCCCGAGUUUCGCGACGAUGAGGCGCAGCUGGUGUUCAUUUCACGCGGCAUCGCUCUGGCUGGUGGGGCAUCUACGAGGAGGACUAUCUACGUAAAACACGCGACGGGUUCGGUUGGCAAUCCAAUGACCAAGGCUCAGUUGGAAGAGAAGUUUCUCGCUCAGGCAACCGGAUGUCUUGGUAUGGAGAGGGCCAAAGAGGCGAUGGAGGCUUGUUGGACACUCGAUUCGAUAGAUGAUGUAAGCGAUUUCGCUAAGCUAUUCGGUCUAUAG